CUCCUCGCCGCCGCUCUGUACGCGGGCGGAGCCCCGGCUCGCUGGUGUGGGCGGGAAGGUGCUGCCGCGGCAUGGCGGGCGAGGGCGACUCUGAGCCGGGGAAGUCCUUUAAACUCCUGGGAUUUCUUGAUGUUCAAAAUGUCCCAUGUGCACGAGAAUCAGUGCUCUAUGGUUCCCUGGGGUCUUUAGUUAUGGGUCUUGGACAUUUUUUAGCAACUAGUAGAGUUAGAAGAUCUUGUGAUGUUGCAGUUGGUGGCUUUAUUUGCACAAUGUUAGGAUACUGGUUUUACUGCAGGUACAACCUGGCCCAGCAAAGGAUCCGGCAAAGAAUGCUUAAAGAAGGAAUGAAAAACAGAGUUUUAUUUGAAGGCAGUUAUCUUGAUCCAGAAAAGGAACAAACGGGCAGUGAAAGAAGCGAUUCAUAGGUUGCUCUGGAGGAGUUGUGGUUUAAUACAUCUUUGGGAAAAGGCGGUCCAUAAACAAGUCAGUCUACACUGCAAGCCUGUGAGGUGUCUAAAGCUGGUAAAUAGUGGUUAUCCUAGCAAAUCUGAGCAGGAAAUUCAUAGUGAAUCUGUUAAAUCUGCACAAGCCUUGCUUUGUUUCAUGUAUGUAUAUAUGUGACUGCACACAUUUAGAAUGAUGUUAAACAUCUCUGAGCUCAUGUGUUCUCUUGCAGGGUCUCAGAGGAUUAGUGAGACAGUGAUUUGGGAGUGCUUUAACUUCCAUUAUAAACAGAGUGUGGUUUGUUUUAGCAAAGUUGUAAUUACAUCUCAUUUAAAUACAGGAAAAUAUUUCCAUCACCUGUUGAUGUGUAUCAACAAAUGUAUCCUUCAGGGCUAUUAUUAACAGUGCUGUUUGUAGAACAGGAAUAUUUAAACAAUAGAAGAAGGCUGUGCUUGUGCAAGAUGGGUUGUAUCAGCAGCCUUUGUAAGAUUUCAGCUGCAGGAUAACCAGAUAAUUUACACACACUGUGAAGCUGAAGGAUUUUCAUCUUUGUUCUGUCUGUUUGAAACUAUGAAUAAAAUCACACUUCAGAGCAGUCUACACUAUGUAAGUAAAUAAUUUUUUACUUCAUUAAAAAUCUUGCUACUUAAGACACUCCCCUACUCUAUGUGGAAUAAUUUACAUUAUUUGUAAGUAGCAAUGUUUGUUUUUUAUUGUAUUUUUUUCUUUAAUGGCAUUCUACUUAACUAUUUCACUGUAUGUUUUUCAGUUAAAAAGCAGUAUCACUACAUAAUUUCAAGGAAACCAUCUUAUUUGGAAAUACAGUGUUAGGUCUAAUAGCAUAUUGGUAAAAAGAUGAGUGAUGACAUCACUCGCUUCUGCCUGCAUGAGUUUUCAUUUUUUCAUAUCAUGAUUUAUAGUCUAUUGUGCUGUAAGCACUUUCUGAUCUAAAGGCAUUUCACCAAGCAAAAACAAUCCUUUUCCCCCACCCUGUACUUUGUCUGAGAGAGUUGUUGAUCUGUUAUUAACUCACAUUGGUGCAGGGAGGUUUGGGAAUCCAUAUGUAAACAGCAGCAUUGCUCCACUUACUUAUUUGGAAAUAUACUUGAGAGCACUAAAUAAACGUGCUAUUUACACUGAGAAAAUGAAACUUUUACCCUCUGUGGAUUAGCCUUUUAUAAGAAGAAAACAAA